CCGAGGCCCCGCCUCCUGCAUGUCACUGCGCUCCUGGCCGUGCAGUCUGCAGCGCGCUCCGUGCUCAGGUCCACCUGGUCUGGCUCUGUCCUAUCUCACUGUGCAGCACUCAAAACCAGCAUCCUGCUCACAGGUGUAAACUUCCCUCUCUUCGCUCUUCUCCUCAUCACGUUGGCGCUCUGAGUGACUCCGCAGCAGAGCCUCCAAACACACUCAAGACACCCCAAACACACAGCCGGCAUCAUCCCCUGGAGGUCAUCACUACCUGGACAGCAGUAAGGCCACUUCUCUUCCUACCCCGCGGUUCUGAUGGCAGACGGUCGGCAGCCUGAGGACAGCGCCCCCCAGUGGGCAUCGGCAGGAACCCAGGACUCCUCCAGUCCCAUGGGAGAGAACGGUUUCUCCUAUAGGACGUGCCAGGCCGGUGCCGCUCACGCCACCAGCACCGCUUCCUACGCCAAAGAGAACGGCUUUAACGGCGACCUGCCCUCUGGCCAUGAAGUGACUGCAGAGCAAGUGUCUGCGCGCAUCGUGCAGGAGGUCACGGCCGAGGCGGUUGCGGUACUGAAAGGAGAGCAGGAGCUCCAUCCAGGCACAGCCGUGCGACUCUCCUCAGUGGAAGACUCAACCAAUUUGCCACCUUCUCCACCUCCGUCUCCUGCAGCCGAGCACUUUGGACCUCUGGAUCAAGAUGUAGGGGAUGAGGAGGAGGCUGGGCCUCUCUGCCGCUUCCAAAAUUCUCGGGAGAGGUGCAAGUUCCUCGCCCCCUCCAUCUCAGUUUCAGUGCCUGAGGAUGAACCCUCCUACUCUGACGAGGAGUACUAUGACCACCCCUUAUUCAGCCCUGAGUGGACACUCUCGGGCUCGCGCCCUUCAGGGCAGGCCGCUGCUUUUAGCCAGAUUGAAGAAGAGACCAUAGAGGCUCUCUCUGCAGCGGAGGAAGAUGAGAACAUUGCAGCAGCAGCAGCUUUAGAGGAGCAGGAGGAAGAGGAGGAGCAGUGGAGUGGGGAGGAGCCUGAGCAAGAACCCAUAUCCAAGCUCUUAGAACAGGCAGAAGUGCUAGUCGGGGCCCAGACUUUGCCCUAUCUGCAGGCCGAGGACCAAGCACUUACUGCUGGGUCUGGAGCUCCUAACGGGAGCACUGAGGAGGCAGGGAAGGGCGAGUGCCCUGAGAAAGCUGUGAAGAUGGAUGCAGAAAAGCCAUGUGAAGAGAGGACUGCGCUGGAAAGCAUGGACUUCAUUCAGUCAGAGGUGCACCCGCAGGAUCUGACUUCUUACCAGAGUGUUGUUCCUGGCAAAGGAAUUCCAGAUACACCAUUACCCAGCCUAAGUGACACAGACGUUUUUGCUGUUUCCCCAAAUGGUCAAAGCCAUGCCAAAGAGCCUACAGUGAAUCCUGUCUCCCCUCUCAAUAUUGAAAAGCAAGCUUCUACAGAUGCAGUUUCUUUAGACUCAAGUAUGUCUCCAACUUAUGGAAAGCAAUUACUAGAAGUUGAAUCUACAGAAUCAAUAGGAGACAAGCAAAUAGAUGUUACAGUAAGUGCCAAAAGUCCAGAAGUGCCUGGAAAAGAGUCUGGUAGCUUAGAUAAACAAGCAGAAGAAAUAAUGGACAAGUCUGGAAUGUCUGCUUAUUUUGAAACAACAACACUGAAAUCUGAAGAAAUAACGGGACAAGGUGAAGGUUAUUAUGAGCUUAGUACUGCAUUACCUGAGUCUCCCCCUGCCACCUCCACAGUUCCAGAGAUUAGCUACAGUACCCUGGCACAGUCGCAGUCUAUAGAUGACAAACCUGAAAGUCAAAUGGGUACCGAAGAGCAUCAACAGGUCCUUACAUCAGCUGAAAAAAGGGAUGAUUGUAGGCUGUCUCCUGGAAAGUUGGCCUUGGAGCAAAGAAGUUACUCCCUAAAUAUCACUAUUGGAGCUAUAGAUCAGAGUGGAGGACAAGGACGACCCAGAAACUUCUCCCCAUUAGCAACUGACAUCAUGUCUUACACCAGUGGUAGCCUUGAUGAAUCUGCUGACUACCUUCCUGUGACAACUCCGUCAGUAGAGAAACUCCCUUCUUUCCCACCACAAAUUCUGGAAACAUCAGCCUCUGUCACCACUCCAUCAGCAUCUCCACCCCAUGAUACAGCAGCUGAUAGGAAAACCCCAAGUCCACAGCCAGAAUCCCCAGGAUCUCCCUUAGCUAAUAAGUUCAGCUAUAAAAAUGGUGCUGUAAUGGCACAAGAUCUGCCUGAAAUGCUGGACCUGGCAGGUACCCGUACAAGACUAUCGUCUGAUAACAAUGAUCCUGAGAUUAUAAGAAGAAAGUCAGUUCCUGCUGAUAUGCCAGCCCUUGUAAGUGACUCCUUAGCGCACUUAUUUCAGGGUCAGCGAGUUGCAAAAAGUGAAACUCAACUGGAGGAACAUGGAUACUGUGUUUUUAGUGAGUACUCUGGGCCUAUGCCAUCUCCAGCAGAUGUGCACAGUCCAUUGGAAUCUCCACCAACACAAAUCUUCAACAGGAUGAUAUCAGAGGAGAAAGACACAACUCCAGUCACAAUUGGACAGGAAAGCCCACAAGUUUUGAAAGACAACAUUCCCCCAGACACAGAGCAAGAAAAGGAUACAACAGGAAAGCCAUGCCAGAAUAAUGGCGCUGAGACAGAGCAGCCAAUCCAACGUGUUGAAACCUUUGCCACACCAACUGUUACUGUUACUCUGGAAGGAGUAAAGACUGAUCUUGAUGCAGAGGCUAAACUUGCGGCUGAACAGGAAGCUGAAAUAGCUGAUUAUGAAAGGCAAAUUCGGAAGCUGGAAAUGGAAGACAGACCUUUAAGUGUUGAGGAGGAGAGGGAGCUCCAGGAGCUCAGAGAGAAAGUAAAGAAUAAGCCAGAUUUGGUUCACCAGGAAGCCUAUGAGGAGGUAGAUGCUGAGGAUGUGUACCAGCUCACUGGAGUUGCCAAAGACAGGAUUGCUAGACCAAUAAAACCAUCACCAACAUCAUCAGUGGAGAGUGCUACGGAGGAAGAAAAAGUGCAUGUUGAGACAGAGAAGCCUAAACCAGCGAAAGAUGGUCAGAAAGUGGAGCCUGCAAAAUUAUCCCCUCUUAAAUCCAUUGAGAAACCCAGUAAAGAUGAUAAUCUUGUGGAGCAACCUGGCAAGGAGAAGAAGACUGUGGCAGGAGAUACCACACAGCUGGAAAUUGCAAAGGCAGCAGAGGAUUCUGUUUCCCUCUCAGUUGCCCAAAUUGCAGAGGAAGAAAUAGAGCAGGCUGAGGAACCCAAGGAGUACAUGCAGGAAGAAAAAUCAGACAAGCCUUUAGAUUUGCCAAAUGUGCCAGAGAUCCCAGAGAAGGUUGAACUACAGAUGAGUGAAAUAGUUAAAUCAGAAAUGAAACAGAAUGAAACAAUGUUAGUAGAGAAAGUGAAAGAGCCUAAAGUUGUUGAGAAACAAGAAGAGCCCAAAGAUGUUGGGAAUCUUGAAGAGCUUAAAGCUGUUGAGAAACAUGAAGAGCCCAAAGUUGUUAAAAAAGAUGAAGAGCUUAAAGUUGUUGAGAAGCAUGAAGAUCCCAAAGGUGUUAAGAAAGAUGAAGAGCUCAAAGUUGUUGAGAAACUCGAGGAGCUUAAAGGUAUUGAGAAAGAUGAAGAGCUCAAAGGUGUUGAGGAACAUCAGGAGCCCAAAUUUCUUGAGAAACAUAAGGAGCCCAAAGUUGAUAAGAAACAUGAAGAGCCUACGGUUGUUGAGAAACAUGAAGAGCUCAGUGUUUUUGAGAAACAUGAAGAGCUCGGUGUUGUUGAGAAACAUGAAGAGCUCAGUGUUGUUGAGAAACAUGAAGAGCUCGGUGUUGUUGAGAAACAUGAAGAGCUCGGUGUUGUUGAGAAACAUGAAGAGUUCGAUGUUGUUGAGAAACAUGAAAUGCCCAUGGUUGUUGAGAAACAUGAAGAGUUUAAAGUUGAGAAAGCUGUAGAGCCCAAACUUAUUGGAAAAGAUGAAGAGCCCAAACUUGUUGAGAAAGAUGAAGAGGCCAAACUGGUUGAGAAAGAGGAGGAGCCCAAACCUGUUAAGAAAGAGGAAGAGCCCAAACUUGUUGAGACAGCGGAAGAGCCCAAACUUGUUGAGACAGCGGGAGAGCCCAAACUUGUUGAGACAAAGGAAGAGCCCAAACUUGUUGAGACAAAGGAAGAGCCCAAACUUGUUGAGAAAGAGGAAGUGUCCAAACUUGUUGAAACAGAGCCCAAAUUUGUUGAAAAAGAUAAAGAGCCCCAAGUUGUUAAGGAAGAUGAACAACCCAAAUUUGUAGAAAAAGAGGAUGAACCAAGACUUGCUGAGGAAGAUAAAGAAACUGGAGUUGUUCAGAAAGAUGAAGAGGAAAUGCCUAACCAGUUAAAAGAGGCAGGGGCUGAGGCAGCAGUACAGGAAACCAUAGAGCCAAGAGCUGCCAUUGAGUCAGUUGUAACAGUCGAAGAUGACUUUAUCACUGUGGUGCAGACCAUUGAUGAACGAGAGGGACCUGGGCACAGUGUACGAUUCUCGACUCCUCCUGAAGAAGAACCACCUCAGAUGCUUCAAGAUGAAGAAGAGGAAGAAGAUUCUAUUGAAAUGGCUCAAGAAGCAGAGAUGGAGGCUGCUAGCCUGGAGGAGGUCCAGGAUGGUCCAGAGGUUGUACAGUCCCCAGUGUGUCCUCCUACACAAGAGGUACCAGUGAGUGAGGGUCCCACUGAGAGCUAUGAUGACUACAAGGAUGAGACCACUAUUGAUGACUCUAUCUUAGACAGCUCCUGGGUGGAUGCUCAAGAUGAUGACAAGAGCAUGGCCACAGAGCGAAUCGAACCUCUUCCGAGAAGCCCUGCUAAGAAACCCUCUACCGAGAAGCUGAUCAAACAGAAGGCUAAAGGAGGAAGGGGCAAAGGUCGAGUUUCCACUCCGGAGCGCAAACCCAUCUGGAAAGAUCCAGGACUGGCCCAGAAAGAGGAUCUGAAGAAGAAAAAAGCUGUGAUUAAGAAGGUUGAGGUCACAAAAAAAUCUGAAAAUCUGAGCCGCUCUCCCUCCAGGAAGAGUGCUUUAAAGGGCACCGUAAGGCACCCUAGAGCUACCCAACAUCACAUCUGUGCUAAGCGGAAACCCACAGUAUCAGCAGAUGGACGGCUGCCGUUCAGCUCGGUGCGGCAUUCCAGAGACAGGGCGUCUACCCCCAGCCCAACAUCACUCACAAAGAUCCCCACCUGUAGAACACGGGCGUCAGCUCUUCCCCAGCUCCGCCCUAACUCCGCCUGCUCCUACAUUAAAACAGCCUCACUGGUGGAGGCUGAUGGGCCACGCCCGUUCCCAUCAAGCCCGCAGGAUUUCCUCUCAAUUAACAGAAAUUUAGAAAAGGACGGAGGAUCCCGGAGUCCUGAGAAGAGGUCGUCUCUGCCUCGGCCGGCCUCCAUCCUGACACGGCGCGCACACACCAGCGAACACGAGGAGAGCUCGGCGUCCAUCACGAGCUCUGGGUCGACAGCACCGCGCAGGCCUACAUCUUUCCGUUCUGAAGUCAGAGCUGAAAACCGGACAGGUCGAUCCGCCAGCAUGACAGGCACAGAGUCGAUGCGUUCCCGCUCUGCUCGCUCUGGCACCUCCACUCCGCGUACUCCCGGCUCGGCGGCCAUCACUCCCGGCACUCCUCCCAGCUCAUCCUGUCGCACCCCGGGCACCCCACGCACCCCGGGCACCCCCAAAUCUCUCAGCCUGCUCUCACAGGAUCGGAAGGUGGCCGUCAUCUGCACUCCUCCGAAAUCUCCUGCCACGGCAUCCAAGCAGCUGCGUGUCAUUAACCAGCCCAUGCCCGACUUAAAGAACAUCAAGUCCAAGAUCGGCUCCACGGAAAACAUCAAGUACCAGCCUAAAGGAGGACAGAUUCAAAUUUCAAACAAGAAGCUGGACUUCAGUCAGAUAAAGUCAAAGUGUGGAUCCAAGGAUAACGUGAUGUAUUCGCCCCACGGAGGCAACAUACAAAUUCAAUCAAAGAAGCUCGAUCUCAGUCAUGUGACCUCCAAAUGCGGCUCUCUGGACAACAUCCAUCACAAACCAGGUGGCGGUCAUGUGCGCAUUGAGAGUGUAAAACUGGAUUUUAAAGAUAAAGCUCACGCUAAAGUUGGCUCCCUGGAUAACGCCCAUCAUGUACCAGGAGGAGGGAAUGUGAUGAUUGAGAGCCACAAGUUGCUGUUCCGUGAGACAGCGAAGGCUCGCGUGGAUCACGGGGCUGAGAUCAUCACCCAGUCUGAGGGUCUGUCCCCUCACCACAUGUCGUCAUCCGGCAGCAUCAACCUGCUCGAGUCCCCACAGCUGGCCACGCUCGCCGAGGACGUCACAGCUGCUCUGGCCAAGCAGGGACUCUAAAGAGAACGAGAGAAAAAUAAAAGAAAGAGAAAAAAAUAAAAUAAAUGAAAAAAAAAAAACCUCGCCAUUCUCCAUCCUCCAGCUACGCCAACAGCCCCUCUAAUCUCUACAUAAAUAUAUACGGUAUAUACAGCAAUCCCUGUAGUGGUGUCGUCGUAGUGGCUAACGACCCUCUGAACGUUUCUGGGGCACUGCGUUCCCCCCCUCCGACAUCAUCGCAUCCACAUCUCAGUCGCCGGAACGAGAGCAGCCACCCGCAGCUGGAGCGGACUUUAUCAAGGCAGGAGGAGAAACCGGUGAAAACAAAAAAAAAAAGAAUUGUUGUUGGAUUUUUAUUCCUAUUUUAUGGUAUUGGAAUCAUUUUUAUUCUAGAAUUCUAGUUCAUUAGCUAGGUACCCGUGCUUUUAUUCUCCCUGUAUGCAGUGUGAUUUCUCUCUCUCUCUCUUUUUUUUUAUUAUUAUUAUUACGGUGGUGUACAGAUCUCAGAUCAGGUUUAGUGCUAGGAACAGAAAGGAAAGUCUUUUUUUUUUUUUUUUUUUUUGGGCAGCUGUUUCCUCCUCGUUCUUUUGCCGCAGAGCCAGUGCAUGGAGUCCAAACCCCACCUCCUGGGAAAAAAAAACAAAAAACAAAACAAAACAAAAAAAAAGAAGUCUGACCAUCAAAACGAUAUAUGAUGUAUAUUAUUAUAUGUAUAAUUACACUGAAUAUUUCUCAACAGCAUCUUUUGAUCAGAAUAUAAUAAUUAUAACAGUUCCUCACACCGUAAUAUCUGUACUAACUACAUUAUUGCAAAUGAAAAAAAAAAAAAAGGAAACAGUGGUGGUGCGCAUGUGUCGAUUUUAGUACAAAAAAAGAGCUAUUUUCUACUAAAUAACAACAAGAAAAAAGAUUUAGUAAGUUAUUUGCUGAGUCAUCGAAUAAAACAGACACUUCAUGUUUUUAGCUAUUAGUCACGACGAUGUUCUGCUCGUUCGAUCAUUUUAAGCGACUGCGUUGGCUUUGCCCAGGGGUCCAGACAUCAGACAGGGAAUUGAUCCCAUAUAGCAAUUAAAGAAAUACUUCAUUGUUUGUUUUUUUUAUCUAAUCUCCAUCCAUUCAAUCUACAGUAUACUGUAGUGUGCAUGUGAUUAUUACAGAAAGGAAUUUCAACACGGUUCCUGAUAGAACAAGAACAUCUGUUCUCGCCUUGAGGCCGGUCACGAGAUGAAACAGAAUGUAUUUAAACUCACGACACACUCACAAGCUUUAACAAUAAGGAAAAGAACAGCUUUGCGGUUUAUAUGAUAUGUCUUAAGUUGCCAAGUCAUGUGGUGUCGUAGCGGCUAGCACUGUGGCCUCGCACCUCCAGGGUCAAGGGUUCCAUUAACACCUUGGGUCUGUGGGUUGCCUUCAGAUGCUCCAGUUUCCUCCCACAGUUUAAGGACAUGCAGAUUUCCAAACUGCUUCUAGUGUAUGAGUGGCUCAUGCUUGUGCCCUGAGAUUGAUAGGUAGUCCAGGCUGUACCCCACCUAGUGCCCUGAGUCCCCUGGGGUUGGCUCCAGGGCCCCGUGAACCUGUACAGGGUAUACGGUAUAGAGAAUGAGUGAGAGUGAGGAAUUCUAGCAAACUCGUAAUAAGCGACAAACCUACUGCCAAGUAGUUCUUAAUACUGUACAUACACCGCUCGCUAAAGAUUUCACUGAAAUUUAAGGGCUCGAUUCCAUGCCUGAAUGCACUCAACUCAUAAAAAUCUAUCCGGAAACCGUACCAAGUCGAAACCUAGAAACCUGGAACAAGUCUGAGCUGCAUAAGAUAACGUACAGAUCAGCACUCACACGAUUAUUACGUAUUGAUGUCGGACGUGAUGCACAAAGCUCGCCAGCCAAUCACAACAGAAAAAAAAAUGAUACUGCUAAAGUCGCGUUGCAAGUCACUCUGGAUAAGGGCAUCUGCCAAAUAACGUUAACGUAUUGAAGUGCACUAAGGAAUCAAGCCAAUAGUGUACUCUGUGCUAAAAAAAGUGACAUGAAAUUAGCACUCUUCAUACGUCAAUAAAAUCGAACGGUUUUCUGUAGAUUGUAUGAGGGGAUUUCAAUCUGGCAACCCUGGGUUAUACGACUCGAUGUACUGUACUCUUGAGAUCUCUUGAGAAUGGCAAAUUGCAAAGGAAGCUGUAAGACUAUUUACAGUAUAUAAAAGUAAGGUACGCAUGAGUUAUAGAAAAUAGCUUUUAUGGAUUGACGAAGCCCAAAUUGUUACAUAUUCCAUGACUAAAAAGAGCUUUUGAGAACGAUUAUUACCCAUUUCAAGCAAUUCAAGCAAUUACAAGCAAUUCCUUAUCCAUAUCUCCAGUGUUUGUCUCAUGACUUGACUAUACCGUUGGACGUCCAAAGACAUCUAAUCGUGGUUCGAUCACAUCCUGUCAUUGACCCGAUCCCACAAUCUCUAAAGGUGAGUGUACAUAACUAGUCCAGCUAGCUCGCUUUACUAAUCUUCCAAUGAAGCAAAUACA